UGGGCGGUAGAAAUAUUUGAGAUGUACAGCAUGUAUGGUAUAUAUGUAUGUAUGGUAGAUGUACAGCCUACAGUGAUUUUUAUGACAGUCUAGUUCGGGUUGGCCGGCGCUACUCCAGAUGUCACCUGUAGAUGUCGCCAAAAUUCUUUCCCAACCAAAACAUAGAGUAGCCUACGUGAUGUUAUUUUAAAGUUAGAAUAAAUUGACUCUUAUUAAACCCAUGUUAUCGGAUUUAUAUUGCUAUUUUGGUUGUUAGAACUUAAGUUGAACACAAAGCGUCACCUGUAAUUUCUUAGCAUUUUAAUCAGAGAGGACAGAACGUUGCUGAUGUUUUAGAAUUGCAAAUUCAGCUGUGACCUGUAAAGUUACCGGGAAUAAGAGCAGAGGAAGACACGAUGGGAUGCACUUCUAGCACUCAGACCACAGCUCAAGACACAACACGACCCAACACCAAACAAGAUGGAAGCACGUCGGGAACAAGUAAUGAAAACGGUGGUCCUGCAGCAGACAGUGAGACGAUUCCAGACCAAACCCAAGCUGAGGAAUCUCCACAGACAUCCAGUGCAGCUCCUGAUGCCUCAGAGGAAGUACAGAGCUCUGAGGCUGCUGUAGCUCACAGUGAACCAGAAGCAGCAGCUGCUGAGGCCGAUACAACUGACCGGCCUACUGAACCCGAAUCCAGCCCCUCCACGACAGCUGAGAAUACCGAAGAACCAGCACCAAGUGAAAACACAACUGAGGCCCAGGCCGAAUCUUCCUCACCAGAGGAAGCACCUGCCUCUGGUGAAGAUAGUUAAGUGUGCAUCAUUUGGCACAGUUACUACAGAAUCCAGACUCAACCACCUGAUUUCAAUAAACUCAAGAUUUCAUACGCAUAGUUUAAAAAUACAGUGGAACAUUAGCUUAUUUAUUAUAUAGAUAUUGCUUGUUCGUUGCCAAGAUAUAGACCAACUGGUCUUCAGUGACUCAGUGCCUGCCUUUAUAUACAAAGAUUACAAACAUCCCACUCCAGAAUUAUAAUUGCUGGCUUUAGUUAGAGAUUUCCUUCAAUAUUUAAUAUCAGUGCCUAUUUUAGUGGCUUUUACCCCUCUAUAAAAAAAAAAAUGCAAAAAGCCAAAGUGAGUAUAAAAAUUGUGGAAUGCUAUUUAUAUAAUUAUGUAAUAUUUUGACCAACUGAAAUAAAAUGUUAUAUACAUUUAAAAUGACAAUGGACAUAAUAUUUGAAAAACAGGCAUUUUGGUUUUAUUUAUUGUAUGCUAAUGUUUUCUUGCAACAAACACGACAGAUUUAACUUUUUGUGGUGUGGUUUCAUUUAAUGUGAUAAUGACAAGUUUAAAAAUAAAGUUGAAUUGAACUGGG